GCUAAAUACGAAUCAGUUGUUGUGUGCCGCCCCCAGCGGUUGACAUUUCCAGGGAUAUGGGGCUGUUCCACAAGUGUAUCUUGUGCGUACUGCUUUACGAAUGGCACCACAAGCUUAGCGAGCAAGGAUUUAAACUCUCCAAGAAACCUUUGAAAGUACUGUGGAACGUUCCUUCGUUCCAAUGCGAUCCGUUCAGGCUAAACUUCUCACUUAUCCUGGACAAGUAUCACAUCAUUCAAAAUGACAACGCCCGAUUUCGAGGUGACAAAAUCGUUAUCAUGUACGAUCCAGGCAGUUUUCCAGCAAUUUUGGAGACAGGAAAUGGAACAUUUUUAAGGAAUGGUGGAGUACCACAAGAAGGAAAUCUAACUGAACAUUUAGAUAUAUUCAGAGAAAUCUUAGAACAAUUAAUACCAUCCAAAAAUUUUUCAGGGCUCGCUAUUAUCGAUUUCGAAAGCUGGAGACCAAUCUACCGUCAAAACUGGGGCAAACUCACCCUCUACAAGAACCUUUCCGAGGACAUCGAACGCCAGAAACACCCCACCUGGCCAAUGCCUUGGGUCAAAAAAGAAGCAGCCAAACGCUUCGACGAAUCAUCGCAAGUCUUCAUGGAAGAGACUCUAAGAACUGCGAAAGAGUUGCGUCCAAAUGCUACCUGGGGCUACUACGCCUACCCUUACUGCUUCAAUUUUUCACCAGGCAGUAUGCAAAAAGAGUGCUCGAAGCAGGUCCAGCAGGAGAAUGACAAUACUAAAUGGUUGUUCGAGAUGUCAGAUAAUUUCUACCCGUCUGUAUAUCUGCAGGAAAGCCAGACCUUGGACCAGGCCGUUCAAAGGCUAGAGGGUCGGUUAGAUGAGGCGGUACGGAUUCGGGAUAGUAUGAAAUCGCGUAAAAAUAUCUACGUUUAUUAUUGGUAUAAAUACCAAGAUAGCAUGAAGUAUGUGUCGCAACAAAACCUGUUCACCACGUUGACGGUGCUGGCCAGCUAUGACAUCGACGGUGUCGUAAUGUGGGGUGCCAGUGCUGACGUAAAUUCCAAGGCCAACUGUCUGCGACUGUAUGACUAUGUGGAUAAAGUAUUAGGACCCAUGAUUGUAAGGGUUUAAGGCCAGUCUUGCCUCUUGUGAUUUUCAAUCAGUUAUUUACUGUGAAAAAAACUUUAUUUUCGUACAAAAUUAAGCUUUUAGUAUGGAUUUAAAUCGAUGAAAAUAUCAAUGCAUCAGAAAAACCAGAUUAUGUAGUAGUAUUAAUUAUUUAAUUUUUUAUAUACAUACAUGUUUAAAGAAUAGAAUAAUUUAUUAUUUACUUAUCUAAUGAUGGUAUGAAAUUUAGAAACUAAAUAAAAAAUAAGAGCUAUUUUUUAUAUAAUGUCUUUAUUUGCGUUAAAAACAUAAAAUUUAUUGCAUUGUCGUUUAAAAGGGUAUGUAUAAUAGUCGUAAAAUGGUAUACCUUUGAUAUAUUAUUUGCAAACAAUCUAUGUAUCACAAAAAGAGCUAUUUAUCAUAGUAGAUUACUACAAUAUCUAAAGAAAGACGAAGAAAUUUAAAUCGUGUAUUGUGAAGACUCCAUAAGCAACGCGUAUAUGAGUAUACUUAACACAAGACAAAUUUCAAUGCACGUCACCAGCAUUGAACCUGUGCAAAAAAUGUUUUUUUCGCAAAAAAAAUAUUUUGCACAGAGAUUUUGUAUUGCUAAUGAAUAUAUUAUAAAUUUAUUUUGUGUUAGUUUUUUCAAUUAAAAAGUUAGUUUCAAUUUGAAUUUUAUUCCUUCAAAGUUGCUGGCUUUACAGUGAUUGGUUUGAUGUUGUCACAAUGCUAAAAUCUGUUCGAGAGUCAGAGAAGAUUUCGACAGAUGACCUGUAAAGUAAAAUGACAGGUACAACUGUCACUUCCAUAUAUCGUCUCGUUGGGCAAACUAUACUGAUAUUAUGUCUGGCUUAGUUUUGUUCACUAAUUCUAUACCAAUAUUUUUUCCGAAAUUUGUGAAAACCCGUUAUAAACCAUUUAAAUAAAUUCAAAGGAUGUAGUACGAUUUUGGUAAAAUAAAUCGUCACAAAUUUUGGUUAGUCUGGCAAUACUGCGGACUACUAACGUUAAUCGAAGGCUAUGACGUGCAUCGGAAAUUGCUUUGCGUUAGGUAUAUAAAAAAUAAUUUUAAUUUUGUUGGUAACAUAUAAAAACACCCUGUUGAUCAGUUAGAUUUAUCAUAAUUCUUUAUUCAAUAUUUAAUUAUUGAAUAAAAAGACUAGGAACGAGUCAAAUACCGUAUGAUCGAGUCAGCGAUGGCUAUGAAAUGAAGAUCGCUGUCAUUUUACAUGUAAAAUUAUACGGGAAUUGCCAAGCCAACUGGGCGCUGUUUUUUUCAUCUUACGGUACUACAAUUUUAUAUUCAUACAUUAAAGACGGAAAGGCCGCCAUGGUAACCAUUUUGAACACCUAAUUUGACAGUUUUGUUUCAAUUUUUCCAUAGAUAACGGAAACAAGUUUAGAUUGGAAUGCUCAGCUUGCCGCCAAAACUUAUAAUUGUUUUGGAGCGCAUACGUUGUAGGGCGCUGCUAUAGCGGUUGGU